AUCUGUGAAAAGGUGCUAAAAAUGUCGGCAGAUUUAGUGUCCAUCUGCCACACCAUUUUGCAAGCGAUGGCAAUAUUGGGCAAGGCUCAGACUGAGUCCCAGCUGCCUUUGGAAACCAUGGUGCAAGUGAAGAGCACGGCUUUGAGAUACGCCUUUUGCUGUGCUCCAUUUACAGUCAUAGAAAAGCAAAGUCAUAUAAUAAGGAAUUUUAAUGUGUGUUUCAGCCACGGGAACAAAGAAGUAUUUUCUUGUCGAGGAAUCAAACUGGCGGUAGACUGGUUUUUGGAAAGAGGCCACAAGGAUGUUACAGUGUUUGUGCCAGCAUGGAGGAAAGAACAGUCGAGACCUGAUGCUCUUAUCACAGAUCAAGAAAUCUUGCGUAAAUUAGAAAAGGAGAAGAUUCUUGUGUUCACACCGUCCCGCCGAGUGCAAGGGAGAAGGGUGGUAUGCUACGAUGACCGAUUUAUAGUGAAGUUGGCCUUUGAGUCAGACGGCAUCAUUGUUUCUAAUGAUAACUACAGGGAUCUAGCUAAUGAAAAGCCUGAAUGGAAGAAGUUCAUAGAUGAACGCUUGCUGAUGUAUUCAUUUGUUAAUGACAAAUUUAUGCCUCCUGAUGAUCCUCUUGGACGCCAUGGUCCAAGUCUGGACAAUUUUCUUAGGAAGAAGCCUAUUGUGCCGGAACAUAAGAAGCAACCAUGUCCAUAUGGGAAGAAAUGUACCUAUGGACACAAAUGCAAAUACUAUCAUCCGGAAAGAGGAAAUCAGCCUCAGCGAUCUGUAGCUGAUGAACUUCGUGCCAUGUCUAGAAGCACAGCUGCCAAAACUACAAGUGAAGGAGGACUGGUAAAAAGCAAUAGUGUUCCCUGUAGCACUAAAAAUGAUGGCACUUCUGAGCUGAAGCGUGCUGCUCCAAAGAGGCAAUCGGAUCCUAGUAUAAGGACUCAAGUCUAUCAAGACUUGGAGGAAAAGCUUCCCACCAAAAACAAAUUGGAAACCAGGUCUGUACCUUCUUUAGUUAGUAUACCAAGUUCCUCUACUGCAAAACCCCAAAGUACUGCACCUUUAACUAACGGCCUUCCAUCCGGAGUUCACUUCCCACCUCAGGAUCAAAGACCACAGGGACAGUAUCCUACAGUGAUGAUGGCAACCAAAAAUCACGGAACGCCAAUGCCUUAUGACCAGUAUCCAAAAUGUGAGUCUCCUGUGGAUGUAGGGUAUUACUCUAUGCUGAGUGCAUAUUCAAAUCUAGGUAUAUCUGGUCCACGUAGUCCUGAAAGGCGCUUCUCCUUGGACACAGAUUAUAGGAUUAGCUCUGUAGCUUCUGACUGCAGCAGCGAAGGGAGCGUUAGCUGUGGCAGUAGUGAUUCCUACGUGGGUUACAGCGAUCGCUCUUACAUGAGUUCACCUGACCCACAGCUAGAGGAGAACUUGAAGUGCCAACAUAUGCACCCCCAUGGCCGCCUUAACACUCAGCCCUUCCUACAGAGCUACCAUGAGCCUCUCACACGAGUGCAAAGCUAUAGUCACGAAGAACCAAAGCAUCACCACAAACCUCCAAUUCCAUACAUGGCUGUGCAUCUGCAGCAUCCAACAGUUGGUGCUCGUUCUAGUUGUCCGAAUGACUACUCUACGUCUCAGAGUUCGUCACAUUCAAAGACCAUGCAUCUGGGGAGAACCCUCGUGUCCACGAGAAUAGACAGCAUUUCAGACUCGCGUUUAUAUGAUAAUUCUCCAUUAAGACACAGAAAGCCUUAUUCUGGCCAAGAUGGGCUUGGAAGCUGGGAUAGGCAGAGUUACGGGAUAGAUGCGUAUGGCUACCGCCAGACCUACUCCUUGCCGAGUAACCCCACGCAGCCGUGUUAUGAGCAGUUUGCCUUCCAAAGCUUACCUGAACAGCAGGACCAGACCUGGCGCGUACCUUACUGUGGAAUCCCUCAAGACCCUCCAAGGCACCAAGACACCCGGGAGAAGGUUUACAUUAACCUCUGCAACAUCUUCCCCCCUGAUCUUGUGAGGAUCGUUAUGAAGAAGAACCCUCACGUGACGGACGCUCAGCAGCUCGCUGCAGCCAUCUUAGUGGAAAAAUCUCAGCUAGGUUAUUGA